AUGCCUCUACAAACCAUACCUUACUGUGUAUUCUGCGGCAAGAAGAUUGAUGAACUUCCACAUGGACCGGGAUGGAGUUGCAGGAAGAUUACUGUGCGUGGUAACCUUGAAGAUGAGAAUGGAGCACCGUUGCAAGAAGAGCUCAAACUUUGGAGCUGUGAUCCUGUAGAGUGUGUCAAAGAGCUUAUUGGCAACCCUUUCUUCAAGGAAGAUAUGGCCUACUCACCUGCCAGAGCAUAUGCAGACCACACAGGGCAACAUAGACAGAAAGCCCUGCCCAAAGGUGCCAUGAUAGCACCAAUUAUUCUAUCGUCGGACAAAACCAGCUUAUCGCAGUUCAAAGGAGACAAGUCAGCAUGGCCUCUAGACUGCUUCACUUCUGAUGCAUGCUCUCUGGCUGGAUACAGACUCUUUCAUCAUUGCAUGGCCCUACUCCUCCAUACUCUCAUUACUGCUGGACAAAACAGAGUCGAAAUGGUGUGUGCGGACUCACUGGUUCGUCAUGUCUACCCGAUACUGGCUGCAUAUGUUGCUGAUUUUCCUGAGCAGUGUUUGGUUUCCUGUUGUAAAGAGAAUUGGUGUCCCAAGUGUCUGGUGGCAGCGAAUGAGCGAGAGUCAACAAAAGAUAUUCUAGAAAGGUGCAAUAUUGGUCAGCAUCCUCCAGAAUUCAAGGAGAAUGGUCUACGUGCAGUUUAUAAACUGUUCCGGGCCGAAAUGCCUCAUGCCAACAUUUUCCUGGCUUUCACCCCCGAUCUUUUGCAUCAAACCCAUAAAGGCAUGUUUAAAGACCACCUCAUGAAGUGGUGCAUCAAUAUUAUUGGGGAAGAUGAGAUGGAUGUGCGAUUCAAGGCCAUCCCAGAUUAUCCAGGACUCCAUCACUUCAAGAAAGGAAGUGAGCAUAAAGAGAUGCAGCGAGUUUUUGUUGGCUUACUUACCGGAGCGGUGCCUAGUCGUGUCUUGGUAGUUGCGCAAUCAAUUCUUGACUUUUCCUAUUAUGCCCAGCUCCAAAUUCACACAACUGAAAUGCACAAAGCCCUACAAACUGCUUUGGGAGUCUUUCAUGCAAAUAAAGAUGUCCUGAAGGAACUCGCCAUUCGAGAACAUUUCAAUAUACCAAAACUACAUCAACUCACUCAUUAUGUCCAGUCGAUCAUGUUGUUUGGUGCAGCUGAUGGCCUUAACACCGAGCUUCCUGAGUGCUUGCACAUUGAUUUUGCAAAAGACGCUUACCGCGCUAGCAACAAACGGGACUAUGAAGAACAGAUGGUUUUGUGGCUUCAACAUCAGGAAGCAGUGUUUUUGCAUGGUGCAUACUUGAAUUGGAUAUCACAACAGUCUCCCCUGCCAGCAGGUCACACAGAGCAUCAUUCCUUCGACUCAGACUCAGACUUGGAAGAAAAAGAGGCUGCAUCUCCCAACUUGAACACAACGACAACAGGGCACACCCUCGCAAAGGUUCCAGCACAUCCUCACCAGACAGUUGGAAAUAUUGUGACAGCGCAUGGUGCUAUCAAUUUUCUCUCCGCUCUGCAAACUUUUCUGCACAAGAACCUUCCACAUAUCGCCAUUGUACCUGGCAUUCAUGACUGUUUUGAUAUUCAUCAUCAAGUGGUCAUCGAGGCACAACCAGAUCAACAAGUAAGUGACACUCCCAACUGGUGGCACAUUAGAGCAAGGCCAGAAGUGGUAGCAUCUGGCCAUAAGCCUGGUUGCCCUGCUCAUUUCGACAUGGCAUUGAUCUCAGAUGGGCCUCGGUCUUUGCCCUUGCACACUCUUGAAGGUGUGCAAGUAGCUCAGGUUCAUGCUAUAUUCACCCUCCCUCUCUCUCGCUUGACACACCAACUCUGCCACAAUGCUGCUGUCAUCCAUGUCGAUGAAAUUAUGGGACAAUCAGUAGAUACGACAUUGAGAAGUGGAAAUGCAUAUGAGGCGGCAAAUGAUUUUUAUUUUAAUCAAUUCAUUGACGGUGAGAUGUUUGGCAUGUCUGUCAUAAAUAGUUUGUAG